AUGACCCUUGGCAACCUCUAUACCACCCUUGAUGAGAUCCAGAGCAGCCUCCAACGCAUCCACCUCCAAAUGGCGCCUCAAGACAGAUAUCCACCAGCUGAACCGAGUAGUUUCCCGUGGUCGCCCCAGUACGCUAUGUUGCACAUGUCCUACUACCAGUGUCAAUGCGACCUAUAUCGCAGCUUCCUCCGAGGACACCCGGACACGGCUGCGCAGAGCUGCAUUGACGAGAUCCACCCGGCUGAUAUCACACUGUUGGGCAGUCGGGCUAUCCAGAAUGCGCGCCAAGUGCUAUGUGUCCUCGCCGACUACGACCAGCAUGCCGACCCAUCUCAGCCGCUCGACUGGGAUGCCGCAGUCUGUGGCUACCAGGCCACUCGAUUUGUGCUCUUUGGCAGCACGUACGACAGAACACAGGGCACACGAUCUACGGCUGACACCUCUGCAGUGCGCAUCGCCAUCUCCAAGGGCCAGGAUGUGCUCGAUACCUUGUCACGCCGAUUUGCCUUUUCUGUCGCGGUCCAGCCCAUGCGCGACGAUCUCACACGACUCGUGGCCCGCUACCGCCGCCUGCUACGGUCGUCACCAAUGAACAACGACAACGAGUCCGUCUUUAGCGCCCAUCGUGGCAUCCGCAUCCCGCCCGGUGUGACAAAGGAAGCCGGAUCUCACCAGUUUCUCGCUGUCCACAGUCUUCUCCUACGCUCCGAUUUUGUGGAUGAUAGCCGUGAGGCCGUAAGGGAAGGCGCUGCACGCCCAACAGCGUCUAAUGCAUCUGUAGCCGAACGGAGCAAAGACAACGCCGGCACCGCCGAUGUGGCUGGGAUGAUUCCUCCAGCCUGGUCGCCGACCCGCAUCGAUGUUGUUCAAAAUCAACAUCAGCGGCAGGACAACUGCAACACCGGGCACGUGACAGAAUACUGGGCAGAUGCGGGCACGGAUGUUAACAACGACGUUGGCGAUGCGGCUGUCACGACGUUUGACCUUCCGCCGCUGUUUGGCGAUCUGAUGGGUGACGGUCCUGGGUUUGACUUUGGACUGUGGUCGGAUAUGCUGGGUACCUACGGCAAUCCUGUUCCUCAAGGGAGCAGAGUGGGCAUGGAUGAGCAGCAAAUGUUCUAG